AUGAGAUUUUGGCCACGUUUCUACGAUGUUGUGUCAAAGUGCUAUAGAAAAACGACACAGAUGAAUUUAAAAAUACGUGCAAGAGAAGAAACAACACCAAUAUCCCAAAUUCAUAAACAAGAAUUAAUUAAAUGUAGUUUAAAACACAAUGAUGUAUCAUUUUUCCCAUCAUAUUUAUCAACUGAUUCAUCAUUUUAUCGUGAACGAUUAAAAAGUUAUCCAAAAAUACCAAAAUCAGUGUCAGAUCUUACGUUAACUGGAAAGUGGAGUACUGAUCUUCGUGACGAUGUUUUUAUUAUCAAAGAUUUACGUGAAAGUGAUACCCACCCCCUCAUAACAGAAGACUAUCCCCUAAUAGAACACUGCCAAUUAUAUGACUUGAAAGCCAAACAGAAGACCAUGGUCUUCUAA